AGGGCUCAGCCCGGCGCCAGGGAGAUGGGCUGUGCCCGAAGCAGGAGGGGCACACCUUGGGGAGGGGCAGUGCCCGGCUGCCCCGCAGACUCGGCCUCUCCUGGACGGACCAGAUGCCCCCAGCUCCUGCGGCCCGAGGACCGGCGCUAUGGGAAGGGCCCGUGGGUCUCUCCACAGUGACCCGGGCCUCCCGGAAACAGAUCCCGGCCCCGGCGGGCAGCUCCCCGACCCCGGCCCCCGCGCCCGGGCGGCCUCAAGCUCUGCCAUGCGGUGCUCCACCCUCCUGGCGCUGCUGACGCUGGUGCUGCUCUACCUGGUGUCGGGCGCCCUGGUGUUCCGCGCCCUGGAGCUGCCCAAGGAGCAGGAUGCCCAGAGCCAACUAGACAGCGUCUGCAGCCACUUCCUGCUGGAACAUCCUUGCGUCAAUCAGAGCCAGCUGAGGGAGUUCCUGGAGAAGGUGGCCAGCGCCCUGGGAGGAGGCGCCGACCCCAGGGGGAACCUCACCAACGCGACCUCUUCGGCCUGGGACAUCGGCAGCGCCUUCUUCUUCGCCGGUACCAUCAUCAGCACCAUCGGCUAUGGGAACUCGGCCCCGCGCACGGAGGGGGGCCAACUCUUCUGCAUCUUCUACGCCGUGGUGGGCAUCCCUCUGUUUGGGAUGCUGCUGGCCGGCGUCGGGGACCGUCUCGGCUCCGCCCUGCGUCACGGCAUCGGCAAGCUGGAAGCCGUCUUCCUGAAGUGGCGAGUGCGGCCGGGCCUGGUCCGGGUGCUGUCGGCCCUGCUCUUCCUGGCGAUCGGCUGCCUCCUCUUCGUGCUGGUCCCCACGUUCGUCUUCUCCCACACGGAGGGCUGGACCACGCUUGAGGCCGUCUACUUUGUCAUCGUGACGCUCACUACCGUGGGCUUCGGGGACUACGUGGCUGGGGCCAGCAUGGGAGAAGACCACCUGCUCUAUCAAUUCUACCAACCCCUGGUGUGGUUCUGGAUCCUGCUGGGCUUGGCCUACUUCGCCUCCAUCCUAACGAUGAUCGGUAACUGGCUCCGGGUCGUCUCCCGCCGCACAAGGGCAGAGAUGGGAGGCCUCACGGCCCAGGCCGCCAGCUGGACGGGCACGGUCGCCUCGCGGAUGCCCCAGCCCGGAGGGAUGCUCUCGGUGCCGGGGAAGCUGUCCCCCAGGUUCGCCCCGGGGCCCCCGCUCCAGCCGGGCCUCCCCAGGCCCCAGGAGAAGAAGUCCCAGGAGGGAGACCUGCCCCUCCCGGCGCCACCCUUGCCCCCGCCGGCCCCUGCCCUGGAUUAUCCCGGAGAGAAUUUUGCCUUCAUCGACGAGUCUUCCGACACCCAGAGCGAGAGAGGCCGUACCCUGCCGCGGCCUGCCCGCCGCCACCGCGGCCCCCCGAAGAAACCCGGCCGCACCCGGGACAAAGGGGAGCCGGCCUGACCGCCUGCCCCCUGGGACCCUGGCCUUGACCACCACAGGAGGCUCGGCCCGCCCUCUUUGCGCCUUUCCAGCUCCCUCAACCCCGCCGAUUGCCCCGUCCCCAAACUCUCUGCCCCCCAAGCCUCCGGGUGACCAAAGAACCCCUCCUCCCACCCCUGGGGACGGACUGGGGCCCGGGGACACCUGGGUCUCGCUCCUCCAUUAGCUCCCCAAACCAUCCCCUUCCACCUGACCCUUGCCUCCGCUCUGCAUCUGUCACGAUCGUGCCUCGAAAUCUGGAUCAAUAAAGGAGAAAAAUCUGCCCACAGAUACCA